CUUGGGCUCACCUGGGAGCCCGGUCCCAGCCCGGCGCCGCGCCCCCCAAACUUCUCGCAGACCGCGGGCGGCUGGGGGAGCCGCUGUCGCCCCGCGCCCGCAGGUCGUUCGCUCGUGUCCUCGGGGCCGCGGGAAGGAAGAGGCGGCCUGAGGUGAGGGCCCGGCCGGCCCCGCUGGGAAUAUGGCGACCGGUGGCUACCGGACCGGCAGCGGCGGCGGCGGCAGCACCACCGACUUCCUGGAGGAGUGGAAGGCGAAGCGCGAGAAGCUGCGCGCCAAGCAGAACCCCCCGGGCCCGGCCGCCCCGGGCGGGGGCAGUAGCGACGCGGCCGGAAAGCCCCCGCCGGGGGCUCUGGGCACCUCGGCGGCUGCCGCGGCCAACGAGCUCAACAACAACCUCCCGGGCGGCGCGGCCGCACCUGCUGCUCCCGGGGGCGUGAACUGCGCGGUGGGCCCCGCGGCGCUGGUCCGGGCGGCCCCCGCCCCGCGGCGGCCGGAGGACGAGCCCCCCGCCGGCGCUGCCGCCGCCGCCCCCGGGGCACCGCCAGCCCGGGGCGACGAGGAGGAGCGGGACAGCGCCCCGGAGAAGGGCAAGAGCUCGGGCCCCAGUGCCAGGAAAGGCAAGGGGCAGAUCGAGAAGAGGAAACUGCGGGAGAAGCGGCGCUCCACCGGCGUGGUCAACAUCCCGGCGGCCGAGUGCUUAGAUGAAUAUGAAGAUGAUGAAGCGGGACAGAAAGAGCGAAAACGAGAAGAUGCAGUUACACAACAGAACACAAUGCAGAAUGAAGCCGUCAGCUUAUUAGAUCCAGGCAAUUCCUACCUACUACAAGAGCCAUCUAGAGCAGUUUCGGGCAGAUACAAAAGCACAACCACUGCCUCUGAAGAAGAUAUCUCAAGUAGAUAUCCCCGAACAGAGAGAAGUGGGUUCAGCAGAUAUAAUAGGGAUGCAAAUGCUUCAGGUAAUUUGGUCUCAAGUAGCACAUUGGAAAAGAAAAUUGAAGAUCUUGAAAAGGAAGUAUUAAGAGAAAGGCAAGAAAACUUAAGACUUGUGAGACUAAUGCAAGAUAAAGAGGAAAUGAUUGGAAAACUCAAAGAAGAAAUUGAUUUGUUAAAUAGAGACCUAGAUGACAUAGAAGAUGAAAAUGAACAACUAAAGCAGGAGAAUAAAACUCUGUUGAAAGUCGUUGGACAGCUGACAAGGUAGAAGAUUCCAGGCUCAGUGUGGACAAAAUGUUUUAAAACUACUGAUGGAAUGUUACAUGAACGCUAGAACAAUAUUCCUGUGCUGCAAUACAUUAAGUAUGUAUAUUUAUUUCUAGAAAA